UGCGCAGCUGAAGUUUUCUGUUUGUCCAACUGAACAUAGCGACACCACAGUUAGCUAACAUUGCCCUAUGCUGUCAAGUCAGUCGUACAAUGAGAGAUAUUCUGCAGGAGCCGAAUAGCAAUAACGUGGCUGAUAUAUAAAUAUAAACACAUAAGACCAUGGUGAUCCUGUCAGGCACAGCCACUGUGCUGCAACAGUUUGUCAGUGGUCUGAAGAGCCGAAAUGAAGACACCAGAGCAAAAUCUGCUAAAGAUCUACAACACUACGUGACUACAGAGCUCAGAGAGUUAAGUCAAGAUGAAGCGACGACAUUCUACGAUGAGUUAAACCACCACAUAUUUGAGCUGGUAUCCAGCUCUGAUGUGAAUGAGAAGAAAGGGGGGAUUCUUGCCAUAGUGAGUCUUAUUGGAGUUGAAGGAGGCAAUGCCACCAGAAUCAGCCGCUUUGCCAACUACCUGCGAAACCUGCUCCCCUCCAGCGACUCGGUGGUCAUGGAGAUGGCCUCUAAAGCCAUGGGCCACCUCUCUAUGGCAGGGGACACCUUCACUGCUGAGUAUGUGGAGUUUGAGGUGAAGAGGGCCCUGGAGUGGCUCGGAGCAGACAGAAAUGAAGGCAGACGCCAUGCUGCAGUGCUGGUGUUGAGGGAGCUGGCUGUGAGCGCGCCCACCUUCUUCUUCCAGCAAGUUCAGCCCUUCUUUGACAACAUUUUUUACGCAGUAUGGGACCCCAAGCAGGCCAUCCGAGAGGGUGCUGUAUCUGCCCUGCGGGCGUCUCUCAUCCUCACCACACAGAGGGAGACCAAAGAGAUGCAGAAACCACAGUGGUACAAACAAACCUUUGAGGAGGCAGAGAAAGGGUUUGAUGAGACUUUGGCAAAAGAGAAAGGUAUGAAUCGUGACGACCGGGUCCACGGUGCUCUUCUGAUCCUGAACGAGCUGGUUCGCAUCAGCAGCAUGGAGGGAGAGCGCAUGCGUGAGGAGAUGGAAGAGAUCACGCAGCAGCAGCUUGUCCACGACAAGUACUGCAAGGAGCUAAUGGGAUUUGGAACCAAGCCCCGCCACAUCACACCCUUCACCAGCUUCCAGUCGGUGCAGCCACAGCAAUCAAACGCCCUCCUGGGCCUGCUGGGCUACAGCACGCCUCAAGGCUUCCUUACCUUUGGAGCUGCACCGGCACCUGCCAAGAGCUCGCUGGUGGAGAGUCGAUACUGCAGGGAGCUGAUGGAGGAGCGAUUUGAUCAGGUAUGUCGCUGGGUGCUGAAAUACAGGACCAGUAAAAACCCUCUAAUCCAGAUGACCAUCCUGAACCUUCUUCCACGCCUCGCUGCCUUCCAGCCAAACAACUUUACAGACCAGUACCUGUCGGACACUAUGGGCUACCUGCUGGGCUGUCUGAAGAAGGAGAAGGAGAGGACAGCAGCGUUCCAGGCUUUGGGGCUGCUGGUGGUGGCCGUCAGGACAGAAAUCCAGCCGUACCUCUCCAAGGUCCUCGAGAUCAUCAAGGCUGCUCUGCCACCCAAGGACUUUGCACACAAGAGGCAAAAGACGAUGCAGGUUGACGCCACAGUGUUCACCUGUAUCAGCAUGCUGUCGCGAGCCAUGGGUCCCACUAUUCAACCAGACAUCAAGGAGCUGCUGGAGCCUAUGCUGGCUGUGGGCCUCAGUCCUGCACUGACAGCCGUGCUGUACGACCUGAGCCGACAAAUCCCUCAGUUGAAGAAGGACAUCCAGGACGGUCUGCUGAAGAUGCUCUCCCUGGUGCUGAUGCACAAGCCCCUACGUCAUCCCGGCAUGCCCAAAGGCUUGGCUCACCAGCUGGCCUCGCCAAGCCUCACAAACAUCCCUGAGGCCAGUGAUGUUGGCAGCAUCACUUUGGCCCUGCGUACAUUGGGAAGCUUCGAGUUUGAAGGACACUCCCUGACCCAGUUCGUGCGACACUGUGCCGAUCACUUCCUAAACAGUGAGCACAAGGAAAUCCGGAUGGAGGCAGCUCGGACAUGCUCACGCCUCCUCACCCCCUCCAUCCACCUGAUCAGCGGCCAUGUUGUCAGCCAGACAGCUGUGCAGGUGGUUGCAGAUGUGCUCAGCAAGCUGCUAGUUGUUGGCAUCACUGAUCCAGAUCCAGAUAUUCGAUACUGUGUACUGGCGUCUCUCGAUGAGCGUUUUGACGCUCACCUCGCCCAAGCCGAGAACCUGCAGGCACUGUUUGUCGCUCUGAACGACGAGGUGUUUGAGAUCAGAGAGCUGGCCAUCUGCACAAUCGGACGCCUCAGCAGCAUGAACCCAGCCUUUGUCAUGCCCUUCCUACGCAAGAUGCUCAUCCAGAUCUUAACAGAGUUGGAACACAGCGGUGUCGGCAGGAACAAAGAGCAGAGUGCUCGUAUGCUGGGUCAUCUAGUGUCCAACGCCCCUCGACUCAUUCGUCCAUAUAUGGAGCCCAUCCUCAAGGCUCUGAUCCUCAAAUUGAAAGACCCAGACCCCAACCCUGCUGUGGUCAUCAGUGUCCUUGCCACCAUUGGGGAGUUGGCUCAAGUUAGCGGCUUGGAGAUGAGGAAGUGGAUGGACGAGCUUUUUCCAAUCAUCAUGGACAUGCUGCAGGACUCCUCCUCUUUGGCCAAACGACAGGUGGCGUUAUGGACUCUGGGCCAGCAGGUGGCGAGUACAGGUUAUGUGGUGGAGCCCUACCGCAAGUACCCCUCCCUACUGGAAGUGCUGCUCAACUUCCUGAAGACAGAACAAAACCAGGGCAUAAGGAGAGAGGCUAUCCGGGUACUGGGUCUUCUUGGAGCUCUGGACCCCUAUAAGCACAAGGUCAACAUCGGCAUGAUUGAUCAGUCCCGAGACGCCUCGGCUGUCAGUCUCUCUGAGUCAAAGUCCAGUCAGGAUUCAGCGGACUACAGCACCAGUGAGAUGUUGGUGAAUAUGGGCAACCUGCCACUGGAUGAAUUUUAUCCUGCCGUGGCCAUUGUCACUCUGAUGCGCAUCUUGAGAGACCCUUCACUCUCCAACCACCAUACCAUGGUGGUCCAGGCUGUCACCUUCAUCUUUAAGUCUCUGGGCCUCAAGUGUGUCCAGUUUCUUCCCCAGGUCAUGCCCACUUUCCUCAAUGUCAUCCGGGUCUGUGACGCCAGUAUCAGAGAGUUCCUUUUCCAGCAGAUGGGAAUGGUGGUGUGCUUUGUAAAGAUCCACAUCCGUCCCUACAUGGACGACAUCUUCACACUCAUUAGGGAGUACUGGACACCAAACAACCCCAUGCAGAACACCAUCAUCCUUCUGAUCGAACAAAUCGUGGUGGCGCUGGGUGGAGAGUUCAAGCUCUACCUGCCUCAGCUCAUCCCGCACAUGUUGCGUGUCUUCAUGCACGACAACAGCACGGGACGCAGUGUGACCAUCAAGCUGCUCAAUGCAAUCCAGCUGUUUGGUGCCAACCUCGAUGACUACCUGCACUUGCUUCUGCCUCCUAUUGUGAAGCUGUUUGAUGCCCCUGAUGUACCGCUGCAGGCUCGCAAGGUUGCCUUGGAGACACUGGACCGGCUGACAGAGUCCCUGGACUUCACUGACUACGCCUCACGCAUUAUCCACCCGAUUGUUCGCGCACUUGACAGUACGCCUGAGCUGCGCUCCACCGCCAUGGACACCCUGUCCUCACUUGUGUUCCAGCUGGGCAAGAAGUACCAGAUCUUCAUCCCCAUGGUGAACAAAGUGAUGCUGAAGCACAGGAUCAACCACCAGCGUUAUGACAUCCUGAUAUGUCGCAUUGUUAAGGGCUACACUCUGGCAGAGGAGGAAGAGGACCCUCUAAUCUUCCAGCACCGCCAGCUCCGCGGUAACCUAGGUGAUGCUCUGGUCAGCGGGCCAGUGGAGGCCGGACCCAUGAAGAAGCUUCACGUCAGCACUACUGCACUGCAGAAGGCUUGGGGUGCAGCCAGGAAGGUGUCCAAAGAUGACUGGCUGGAGUGGCUGCGGCGCUUGAGUGUCGUUUUGCUCAAAGAGUCAUCCUCUCCAGCCCUGCGAUCAUGCUGGUCGCUCGCCCAAACCUACAUCCCUUUGGCCAGGGAUCUGUUCAAUGCCGCCUUCCUGUCUUGUUGGUCUGAGCUCAGUGAGGACCAGCAGGAUGAGCUUAUCCGCAGCAUUGAGCUAGCUCUGACAUCCCAGGACAUCGCUGAGGUCACGCAGACUCUGCUCAACCUGGCAGAGUUCAUGGAGCACAGUGACAAGGGCCCUCUGCCCCUCAGAGAUGAUAACGGCAUUGUGCUGCUUGGCGAGAGAGCUGCGAAAUGUCGUGCCUACGCAAAGGCUCUACAUUACAAAGAGCUAGAGUUCCAGAAAGGCGCUUCUCCACUCAUCCUGGAGUCUCUUAUCAGCAUCAACAAUAAAUUGCAGCAGCCAGAAGCAGCAUCAGGGGUGCUGGAGUACGCCAUGAAACAUUUCGGUGAACUGGAAAUCCAAGCCACCUGGUAUGAGAAGCUCCAUGAGUGGGAGGAUGCCUUGGUAGCAUACGACAAGAAAAUCGACAUGAACAAAGAGGAUCCGGAGCUCAUCCUGGGCAGAAUGCGCUGCUUGGAGGCCCUGGGAGAAUGGGGCCAGUUGCACCAGCAGUGCUGUGAAGAGUGGACGCUGGUGAGCGAGGAAACCCAGGCCAAGAUGGCUCGAAUGGCUGCCGCCGCCGCCUGGGGACUAGGGCACUGGGACAGCAUGGAGGAGUACACAUGUAUGAUCCCAAGAGACACACACGAUGGGGCGUUUUAUCGAGCAGUGCUAGCACUGCAUCAGGACCUCUUCUCAUUGGCCCAGCAGUGUAUUGACAAAGCAAGAGAUCUCCUGGAUGCUGAGCUGACCGCCAUGGCUGGAGAGAGCUACAGUCGUGCCUACGGGGCCAUGGUGUCUUGCCAGAUGCUCUCGGAGCUGGAAGAAGUGAUCCAGUACAAGCUGGUACCAGAAAGAAGGGACAUCAUCAGGGAUACAUGGUGGGAGAGGCUUCAGGGUUGUCAGCGCAUUGUGGAGGACUGGCAGAGGAUCCUGAUGGUCAGAUCGCUCGUCAUCAGCCCUCACGAGGACAUGAGGACUUGGUUGAAGUAUGCCAGCCUCUGUGGGAAGAGCGGACGCCUGGCACUGGCCCACAAGACCCUGGUGCUCCUUCUUGGUGUCGACCCCUCCAAGCAGCUCGAUCACCCGCUGCCCACAGCCCACCCACACGUCACCUACGCAUAUAUGAAGUACAUGUGGAAGAGCGCCCGCAAGAUCGAUGCCUUCCAGCACAUGCAGCACUUUGUGCAGGGGAUGCAGCAACAAGCCCAGCAUGCCAUCGCAGCUGAGGACCAGCAGCACAAGCUGGAGCUCCACAAACUAAUGGCCAGUUGCAACAAUGACAUCAAAGAAAAAGUUUCUUUACGAUGUUUCUUGAAGCUCGGAGAGUGGCAGCUCAGUCUGCAGGGUAUCAAUGAGAGCACCAUCCCUAAAGUCCUGCAGUAUUACAGCCAUUCCACGGAGCAUGACCGCAACUGGUACAAGGCGUGGCAUGCCUGGGCGGUGAUGAAUUUUGAAGCAGUGUUGCACUACAAGCACCAGAACCAAGGACGUGAUGAGAAGAAGAAGCUGCGGCAUGCGAGCGGUGCCAGCGCAAACAGUGAAGCUAGCAAUAGCGACAGCGAAGUGGACAGCACUGACCACAGUCCUGUGCCCUCACCGGGCCAGAAAAAGGUCAAUGAGGACCUCUCAAAGACGUUGCUCAUGUACACAGUUCCUGCUGUUCAAGGUUUCUUCCGCUCCAUUUCCUUGUCCAGAGGAAAUAACCUGCAGGAUACACUCAGGGUUCUGACUCUGUGGUUUGACUAUGGUCAUUGGCCUGAAGUAAACGAAGCUCUGGUGGAGGGCAUCAAGACCAUUCAAAUAGACACCUGGUUGCAGGUGAUCCCUCAGCUCAUAGCUCGAAUCGACACUCCUCGAGCUCUGGUCGGUCGUCUCAUCCACCAGCUGCUCACAGACAUUGGACGGUAUCAUCCCCAAGCUUUGAUCUACCCGCUGACCGUGGCCUCCAAGUCCACCACCACAGCCCGACACAACGCUGCUAACAAGAUCUUGAAGAACAUGUGUGAACACUGCAACACUCUGGUUCAGCAGGCCAUCAUGGUGAGCGAGGAGCUUAUUCGAGUGGCCAUCUUGUGGCACGAGAUGUGGCACGAGGGCCUUGAGGAGGCUUCACGUCUUUACUUUGGAGAGCGCAAUGUCAAGGGCAUGUUUGCAGUGCUUGAGCCUCUACACGCCAUGAUGGAGAGAGGACCACAGACCCUCAAAGAGACCUCUUUUAACCAGGCCUAUGGCAGGGACUUGAUGGAGGCUCAGGACUGGUGCAGGAAGUACAUGCGCUCUGGUAAUGUGAAAGACCUGACCCAGGCCUGGGACCUCUACUAUCACGUUUUCAGACGCAUCUCCAAACAGCUUCCACAGCUGACCUCCCUGGAGCUACAGUAUGUGUCUCCGAAGCUGCUGAUGUGUCGGGACCUGGAGCUGGCUGUACCAGGCACUUACGACCCCAACCAGCCUAUCAUCCGCAUCCAGUCCAUUGCCCCGUCCCUGCAGGUCAUCACCUCCAAGCAGCGCCCACGCAAACUCACCAUCAUGGGUAGCAACGGCCACGAGUUCAUGUUCCUGUUGAAGGGCCACGAGGACCUGCGGCAGGAUGAGAGGGUCAUGCAACUGUUUGGUUUGGUCAACACACUGCUGGCCAACGACCCCGCAUCCUUGCGUAAAAACCUCAGCAUCCAGCGCUAUGCAGUGAUUCCCCUGUCCACCAACUCUGGCCUGAUUGGCUGGGUGCCCCACUGUGACACCCUGCACGCCCUCAUCAGAGACUACAGAGAGAAGAAGAAGAUUUUACUCAACAUCGAACAUCGCAUUAUGCUCAGGAUGGCUCCGGACUAUGACCACCUGACACUGAUGGAGAAGGUGGAGGUGUUCGAGCACGCCGUCAACAACACGGCCGGAGAUGACCUGGCCAAGCUCUUGUGGCUCAAGAGCCCCAGCUCCGAGGUGUGGUUCGACAGGAGGACAAAUUACACCCGCUCCCUUGCUGUGAUGUCCAUGGUGGGAUACAUCUUGGGACUGGGUGACAGGCAUCCUUCCAACUUGAUGUUGGACCGAUUGAGCGGCAAGAUCCUCCACAUUGACUUUGGAGACUGCUUUGAGGUUGCUAUGACCAGAGAGAAGUUCCCUGAAAAAAUCCCAUUCAGGCUGACGAGGAUGCUGACUAAUGCCAUGGAGGUGACAGGAUUGGAUGGAAACUACCGGAUCACGUGCCACACAGUGAUGGAGGUGCUGAGGGAGCACAGGGACAGCGUCAUGGCUGUGCUGGAGGCCUUCGUCUACGAUCCGCUGCUCAACUGGAGGCUCAUGGACACGAACACCAAAGGCAACAAGCGUUCCCGCACCAGGACCGACUCGUACACUGCUGGGCAGUCAGUGGAAGCACUCGAGGGAAUAGACCUUGGAGAGACCACACACAAGAAACCUGGGACCACCGUGCCUGAAUCCAUUCACUCGUUCAUUGGAGACGGCUUGGUACAACCUGAGGCGCUCAACAAGAAAGCCAUUCAGAUUAUCAACAGAGUGAGAGACAAACUUACAGGUCGAGACUUUUCUCACGACGAGACGCUGGAUGUGCCAACGCAAGUGGAGCUCCUCAUCAAGCAGGCCACAUCACAUGAAAACCUGUGCCAGUGCUACAUCGGAUGGUGUCCAUUUUGGUGAAGAGUCCUCGGCCAAGGUUACAUAUCACUGGUAAUCAUGGGAGAGCACUCAACUCAGACAGCUGUCCACUGAGAAAGGUUGUUAUGUCACAAAGCAGAACCUUUGAGAGUGGAGUUUGUGUUGUAGAAUGAUCCUUUUUAUCCCGUGAGAAAGUACCUCGAGAGCUCUUUUUAACCUGAAGAUCAUAAUUUAACUCAAACUGUUGCCAUUUCUCCAAAUAAUGUUCUUUCUUUUAACAUCAUUUUUGCGCAAAGCUUUCUACAGUGGCCAUAUUCUUCUUAUUAGUUGUGACAUUUCUCACUUCACUCGCUGUUCGCUUGGAAGCCCAUCAGUCUGACGCAUCAUUGUAUAUGAAUGUGAACAUUUUUAAUAACAUGGUCUACCUUUAACUAACUUAAAACGUACUUUGCAGUUUACUCACGAUGAGACAGAAGUCCAAAUGUAUUGGAUGUGAUGUUUGGGAAUGUGUGUGCCAUUAAACCCUGUAUAUAUA